UUCAUUCAUGAGACACACACACACAGAGGCAGAGACAGGCCGAUCGGAGGGAGAAGCAGGCCCCAUGCAGGGAGCCCCAUGUGGGACUUGACCCCGGGGCUCUAGGAUCAGGCCCUGGGCCGGAGGCAGGCGCUAAACCGCUGACCCCCGGGCUCCUGCCAACUUUCUUUGUGAUUAACCGAAGCCUUGGGUGGCUGCGGCUGGCCCAGAACCUGGGGCUGUCUCCCCGUCUGAGGGGCGGCUGGGGCCCAGGGCAGCCGUCAGACUGCUGGCCCUUCAAGGAGCGCAGCCUGCAGGGGGGGUCCUGGCGCCCCUGCGCCUGCCCCAGCCAGCUCCCUCCCACCGCCCCCUAGAGCUGGGAGCCGGGGCAGGGGUGGCACGGGAGGAGGGUCAGGCCCUGGAGUUGACGGCUGGCCUCAGAUCCUGAACUGAGGAGCUACAAGGCAUUUUAGCUUCAGGUACCCCGAUUAUGAGAUGGGGCACCAGGAUCUUCCCGCCCCGAGGGGCGUCGAGGCACAGAGUGGGGCUCAGUAACCAGGAGCUGAGGCCAGCGGCCACCCCGCCGCCUCCACUGGCUCCAGGCACCAGCUGGCCUUGUGUUUGGACAAUGAACUUGCAGGUGACAGGCCUGGGCCUGGACAAGAUGAAGCUGGACAGUCCUCAGUCCUUCCUGGACCAGGAGGAGGCGGAGGAGGCGGAGGAGCAGCAGCUGCUGGCGCCGGCAGCUUGGCGGACCUACAUGGAGCGCCGCGCGGCGCUGCGCGAGUUCCUGACGGCGGAGCUGAGCCCGCAGCUGCUCAAGCGCCACCACGCCCGCAUGGAGCUGCUCAGGAAGUGUUCCUACUACAUCGAGAUCCUGCCCAAGCACCUGGCCCUGGGUGACCAGAACCCCCUGGUGCUGCCCAGCACCAUGUUCCAGCUCAUCGACCCCUGGAAGUUCCAGCGCAUGAAGAAGGUGGGCACCGCCCAGACCAAGAUCCAGCUCCUGCUGCUCGGGGACCUGCUGGAGCAGCUGGACCGCGGCCGCGCCGAGCUCGACGCUCUGCUGGAGUCGCCUGACCCGCGGCCCUUUGUGGCCGGCUGGGGCCUGGUGGAGCAGCGGCUGGCCGACCUGUCGGCGGUCGUGGACAGCUUCCUGGCCCUGAUGGUGCCCGGGCGUCUGCACAUCAAGCACCGCCUGGUGUCUGACGUCGGCGCCACCAAGAUCCCGCACAUCAGGCUCAUGCUGAGCACCAAGAUGCCCGUCGUGUUCGAUCGAAAGGAGUCGGUGGCCCACCAGGACUGGGUCAGCCUGCGCUGGUUCGUCACCAUCCAGCCAGCGGCACCAGAGCAGUUUGAGCUUCGCUUCAAGCUGCUGGACCCACGGACACAGCAGGAGUGCACGCAGUGCGGCAUCAUCCCCGUGGCCGCCUGCACCUUCGACAUCCACAACCUGCUGCCCAACCGCUCCUACAAGUUCACCGUCAAGAGAGCAGAGAGCUACACACUGGUGUACGAGCCCUGGCGGGACAGCCUCACCCUGCACACCAGGCCGGGGCCCCCCGAAGGGCGCGCCCCCAGUCGGCUAGGCAAGCCGGGCCUGCCCCUGCCCACACUUUCUGAGAGAUGAUUUUCUAAUAUUUAUCCACUAAUAAAGACUAUAAACUCACACACA